AUGCGGCACAGCACAGCAACAGAGGGGGAUUAUCCAGCAUUAAGGCUAGGGGACACAAGGUCGCUAUGCAUAAGUCUUGAUCGAUGAUCAAUACUUGAGCCAAAAGGUAUUGCGAGAAAUCUUGAACUUGUUAGGUAUAUCCUGGAAAGCCUUAUCCCCAAGCGACAUAAGGCUGAACAUGUGCUUUUUCAAUUUCUCUAACCUUGCUCCAUAACGUCGCGGCAACUAACGCGAAUGUUACAUUCUAAUUUUGCCUUUUACUUGUCGUUUCCCUUGUUGUUUAGCACUACAAGCUAUGCUCUCCUCCUACGUACUUUUUGCGACUCCCCCUCCUUACACUGUUUGUACAACGACUGCGAUGCUCAUUGUCAGCAAUGGCAUCUUUGGCGCCGACUACACAGUUCGUAACAGAAACAAUCACUACAUGGUCUCCGCAGACUACCGAUAAUAUUGUCACGUCGUUUGUACCCCUGUACUCGACAUUCACUCCAGACCCAAACUGCUAUACCGCCGAUUUUCACAACAACCUCGCCGAGCAAUUCGAUUAUGUCCUCGUCGCAUUUGACCCAAACUACGGUUAUUAUAUCGGAUCCAGCUCCGUUACCUGUGUUCCUACAGAGGUUGUAGAUUGGUAUCGCAAUCGAUUGGUGCCAACGGACACAACGGCCCCGGCGCAAACAACCAGCCUCGCUACAGUGACUUCCCUGAUGCCUGUUAUUUGUCCGGAUGGGUGGUAUACGGCGCGCACGUCGGCUGAUCAGCCGACGAGGAUGCAGGUAACGUGUUGUCCAAGUGGCUACACAGUAGAUCCUUCGCAGGAUCAUAGCAUCGACGCGAAUUGCGGUUCGACUUUAGUUCCAGGAGAAUCAAUCUGGUAUUUUCCCACCUCGGGGACUGACAUAAUCCAGACAGCAUUCGCGAACACCAUAAAUGUUGUUGCAGUUGCAGUGAAAGGCUAUAUGCCUCUAACGACGACGACGACUACGACUACGACAUCGUCAUCUUCAUCGAUCUUGCCAACGACAUCGGCAGUAAUAUCGACAUCGUUAACAUCAUCACAACCAUCGGCGACGUCCACACCGAACACCCCUGACCCCCAAACAUCUUCAUCACAUACCUCCAGGGGUGCUAUUGCCGGAUCGGUGGUAGGCAGUCUCGCUGGAGUAGCACUGAUCGGGCUCGGUGCUUUUGUGUAUUUCCGGAGGCGAAGGGCAAAGCAAAAUAACGAGGACGAUGCGAAGGACGAUCCCGCGCCGACUUAUAUCUCUACCCAGCACGAUUAUUCUGUGAUUUCCCAGAAUGAGCCAGGAGAUAGAUCAACUAUUGCGUCAGAGAUGCCCACGAUAAGUAAUACUCCCGAGUUGUUUUCGGAUCAUGAAGCAACCAGCCCAAGAACGAAUACCGAGUCGUAUGAGUUGGAAUAACAGGGCUCAUUUUCACACUAUAAAUAUAGCAGCUAAUACCGAACUAUUAAUCGUAU